CCAUAGCAGGAUCGAGCUCAAGGGGGAAGAAGCCAUAGGCGCCAUUGCGUCUCCUUGCUCCCUCGGCAGAGACAGACGCAGAUCGAGCAAUCGAGAUGGCUCGGUACGUGGAGAUGCUGGACAUGGGCGUGCGCAUCGCCGCCAGGUUCCACUCCCACUGCCCGCAGACGGCGCGCAUGUACUACAAGCCGCCGCAGUCCGCCUCCUCUUCCUCGUCCUCGGCCGCGGGCGCCUCGACGGAUCGGAAGGCCGCCGGCUUCGACCACGAGGCGGCGGCCGCCGCUGCCUUCCGGCCCUUUGCCGCCACGUCGCAACCGGGGCUCGGCGCCGGCGUGCAGCCGUCGGGGUUCGGCUUCGACACCGCCCAGGUCCUCAUCUACGAGGUCGUAUGAACAAGCGACGAGUUAGUUCUUCAGGAGAGGUUUCUUGGAUGAGAUUCCAUUUUUGUGCGGCCGAGAUCGAAAGAAUUGAUCGAUUAUACUGUACCUGUGUAUACAAGACCAUUCUUUAAUUCGUUUUUGUCCGCGCUGGAGAUAAUCAAAGAAACAUGUGCCUGUUUGAUUA